AACGCCCCGUGCCUGGCCGCCGCGGUUGCCCGGCAACACAGGGUCACGGUCGCUGGCCGCGCGGGGUUCGACCUGGCGAUGGGGCCACCGGCCCUUCCUCCACUCUUGCUGGUGGUUCUGGACUGCUGGGUCUCCGUGAGCGCCCAGGCCGGGGCCACCCCGGCGGUGACGACGGAGGACCUCAACUCUGCGGAGCCAGCCCCGACGACUCUCCGACCUGCCCUGUCUCCUAGGCCCCCGGGUACUCCCAUGGCUCCCGGACCCUCCAGUCCCAGGCCCACCCCGGUCACGGACGUUGCUGUGUUGUGUGGCUGUGACCUGUCUCCAGCACAGUGUGACGUCAACUGCUGUUGUGAUCCCGACUGCAGCCCCAUGGACUUCAGUGUCUUCUCCGGUUGCUCAAUUCCAGUUGUCACGGGUGAUAGUCAGUUUUGUAGCCAAAAGGCAGCCAUGUAUUCAUUGAAUUUCACAGCAAACCCACCCCAGAGAGUAUUUAAAAUUGUCGACCAGAUCAAUCCGUCUGUUUUCUGCAUUCACAUUACAAACUAUAAACCUGCGUUGUCCUUUAUUAAUCCGGAAGUGCCUGAUGAAAACAGUUUUGAUAAAUUGAUGAAAACAUCUGAUGGCUUUUCACUGAAUGCAGAAGCAGAUGUCUCUUUCACAGACGAAUCAGAUGCUCCAAAUACGCCCAAAUAUGAGUAUGGCGUUGUCCUGCGGACUUCGGACUCGUUUCUGAGGUUUCCUUCUCCCCUCACCUCGUCCCUGUGCACCGAUAACAACCCUGCAGCAUUCUUGGUGAACCAAGCUGUGAAGUGCACCAGAAGGAUACACCUGGAGCAGUGCGAAGACACCGACGCCCUGGGCAUGGCUUACUACAGCAGCCCUCAGAUUUUGAGGGUACCUAAUUCACAAACAAAGGUCCCUAUCACUGUUCGGUCUGUCAUCCUUCAGUCCCUAAAUAACACGCUCACCCGGCUGGACGGUGCUGACGUGUGGACGCAAGCUCUGGUGGACACCGGGGCCGCUACAAUCUGCACCCACGUCGUCCUGGAGGUGAAGUACAUUCUCACCUACACAGAUGCUGGUGAAAUAGCCAAAGCCGAUCUCUCCCUCCUUCUGGGGACAGUCAGUGAUGCAGCGAUCCCACUCCAGCAAAAGUUUGAAAUUCGUUUUAUUCAGCAAAAUACGAAGCCAGUUCCUCUCAGUGGAAACCCUGGUUAUAUUGUGGGCCUCCCGCUGGUUGCCGGAUUUCAGCCUCGCAAGGGGUCUGGGAUCGUCCAGACCGUGAACAGAUAUGGACAACUCACUACCCUCCGUAGCACAGCAGAGCAGGACUGCUUAGCAGUGGAGGGGGUCCGCGCCCCCGUGCUGUUCGGCUACAACGUGCAGUCUGGCUGCAAACUGCGGCUGACCAGGGCUGUCCCGUGUCCGCUGGUCGUGGAGAAGGUGACGCGCCUGCUGAAGGGCCAGGGCUUCCCAGAUUACGUGGCUCCUUUCGGAAAUUCCCCGGCCCAGGACGUGCUGGACUGGGUGCCCGUCCGCCUCGUCACCCAGGCGUCCCACGUGAAGGACUCUUGCCAGCUCCCAGUGGCGUUGGUCCUAGAGGUGAAGUGGACCAAGUGCGGGUCCUUGCUGAACCCACAGGCUAAAGUGGUCAACGUCACUGCCUGCCUCGUCUCAUCCUCGCUCCCUGAGGCCAGCCCAGGAAACGAAAGGACGGUUCUCAUUUCCACUGCGGUUAUGUUUGUGGACGUGUCUGCACCUGCACAGGCGGGCUUCAGAGCUCGGCCAACCAUCAACGCCAAGCUGCCCUUCAAUUUCUUCUUCCCCUUUGUUUGAUGUAAGUUGUUAAUUAAGGAAACUAGGCCACACCUCUAGAACAGUGGGUGUGGGGCCCUCAGAAACACCCCAUGUUAUCACUCUGCCAGCCCUUGAGGUUGCCCCCAAAACACCACACCUGCCCUCUCCGCUCCUUCCCCUCCGUCUGGGAGUUUCACUCUACUGGGUCUGGCCUCCGAGUGGGGCACCGCCUGGCCUUGCUUGUGCGUGGACACCAAACUGCACCCCUGGGAAGACGGCAGAGAGAGCAGACGUUGAGGUCGCGCAGGCACCGAGGCUGCGUGCAGCUCCCUUGCCCCUGCUCUGAGGGAGUUCCUGCCGAGACACUCACUGUUUCUGGUUCGGGGUUUCUUUCCCUACCAGCUCCCACUGAAAUGAGUACUGAAAAUAGUGAAAUAUUGUAUAAACUCCUUAUGCAAGUCGAAUAAUACGAGGCCUCCAAAGGGGAUCUUCCCCGAAAUGUCACAUUAAUUACAGUGGAGUCUUGGGUCCAACUGCCAUUCCUGUACCAGGCACUGCCGCUAGCUAGCUCUCCAGCUGGUGGGCUGGUGUGGGGCGCCACAGAGCAGUUCCAAGCAGUUGAAGCUGGAAAGAAUAUAGUAGGAGGCCCCGGGGCGGGAGGAGAGUUGAUUUUAUACAUUAAUUGUACAGUAAUUGAGAAAAAUGUUGUCAGGCGGCCGAAUUUGGUGGAGCCACCUGGAAGCCGGAGGCUGCAGCUGGAUGACUCGGAGGAGGGGGCCGGGUGUCUGAAAACGGUCUCCCUGGGGGGGGCCGCUGUAAGACAGGCCGUUUAGAACAGCUGAGGAAUAGAAAAGGCUUUUCUAGAAUGGGCUGGUAGCGGAGACGGCUUCCUUUUCUCCUUUUGUUUUUCAGAGCACUCCCAUGAAAGGAUGCCUCAGUGUCCGUGUGAGCUGUGCAAGCUGUACACUUGACGAGGUUAAAUUGUAUAUACGCCUAGUGAUUGUCCAGCUCCGUUGUACAUUUCCAAGCAAGAGUAAAGUUCAAGUGGGAAAACAGCC